AUGAAACAUGUGAAUGAAAGAUUUCAAGAUGAAAAAAAUAAAGAGGUGGUUCUCAUGUGCAUUGGCAUCACUUCAGGAGUUGGACGAUUGCUCUUUGGCCGGAUUGCAGAUUAUGUGCCUGGUGCGAAGAAGGUUUAUCUACAGGUACUCUCCUUUUUCUUCAUUGGUCUGAUGUCCAUGAUGGUUCCCCUGUGUAGCAUCUUUGGGGCCCUCAUUGCUGUCUGUCUCAUCAUGGGUCUUUUUGAUGGAUGCUUCAUUUCUAUCAUGGCCCCCAUUGCCUUUGAGUUAGUUGGUGCCCAGGAUGUCUCUCAAGCAAUUGGAUUUCUGCUCGGAAUCAUGUCUAUACCCAUGACUGUGGGCCCCCCCAUUGCAGGGUUGCUUCGUGACAAGUUGGGUGCUUAUGAUGUGGCAUUCUAUCUCGCUGGAAUUCCUCCCCUCAUUGGAGGUGUUGUGCUUUGUUUUAUCCCAUGGAUCCACAGUAAGAAGCAAAGAGAGAUCAAUAAGACCACUGGAGGAGGAAAGAUGGAGAAGAUGUUGGAGAACCAGAACUCUCUGCUGUCAAGCUCAUCUGGAAUCUGCAAGAAAGAAUCUGACUCUAUUAUUUAAUGUCUUAUAUACCUCCACCAGACUGGACUUGCUUUUGAAUUUUAAGCAAGUUUUCCUUUGAUAUGAAUUGCAAAUUUCUCAUUUUUAAAAUCACAUCCUAGUUACAGCACAAUAAUUGGGAAAUAGUAACAUUAUUACUAUAAGAACUAUUUUCUGCCACUGAAUAGCUGCCUGAUAUUUCCAUGAGUCUGAGGGCAGAGAUGCUAGUACAUGAAAACACAUGACAAUUUGAAGCUAUCUCAGUUAAAAGCAACUUUGGAAACUGUGAAAGCUAUUUAGCUUGUAAAAUAUUUUAAAAUACCUCAAGCUAUAUUGAAAGGGUUGC